AUGUUGGCUAUUGGAGACGUUAUUUUAAGAGCUUUCAAUUUUGUAUUUUUGGCUGUUGCCUUGGGUUUGACAGGCUCUCUAGCAGCAACCACUAUUCGUCAACACAACCCACAGGUGAACUUUGCCGUUUUUGCAGCCGCUUUCGGUUUGUUAACUUCAUCAAUUUACGGUAUCUUUGCCUUUUUCAUUGAAGCUUUGGCAUGGCCGCUCAUUUUGUUCACUUUUGAUUUCUUGAAUUUCGUAUUCACAUUUGCCGGUGCAACUGCUAUAGCCGCAGCUAUCAGAGUUCACUCAUGUGGUAACCAUGAAUACCUUGAGAGAAACAAGGUUAACCAAGGCUCAGGAGCAAGAUGUAGAAAAGCUCAAGCUUCAACUGCAUUCUUGUACUUUUCAGCUUUUAUUUUCAUCUUUUCAGGUAUCUUUAGUGCGGUUAGUUUGGUUAGAGGUGGAUUGUUUGGUGGAUCGGCAAGAAGAUCUGCUCCAAGAACAGGUGUUCCAUCAAUGUCUCAAGCUUAA